AUGCCAUUUCCGCAAACCAGAGAUUCGACGCCGUGGCGCUUGGUUCGUGUUGUCCUGCCACCACGCCGUCAGCCGAAGCGCCACAAAGCCGGCAAACUGGACCGGUUCCGCGCUUGGACACCUGAGAUUGAAACAGAGCGCCGAGCUGACAGUCGCGAGCGCCAGCGCGUUUUGCGAGACCUGCCUCGUUGGAUGUCCCCGAGCCGUGCGACGUGGCCGACGCCACCACAAGCCCUGCCUGCCUGCCUGCCUGCCUGUCUGCCUGCCUGCCUGCCGGCGCAAGCAAGAACCCCAAGCGACGGACUCUUUUGGAACACCAACGCGCAAGAGAUGGAGCGAGCAGCCGAUUGCAGAGCGAAAACGACAGGGUCCGAGGGUCCGAGCUGGCCAAGCUUUGGCAUCAGCAUCGAAUUCCCAGUCUUCAAUCCAGUCAGUCGUGCAACGGCACAUGACCUCGCAGAGCAGCAUGUAGGGGUCGCCUCGUCUCGCCUCUCGCAAGGACACACUUUCCACGCUUUUCGCCGGACGGCGCUCGGAUCGUCUUCCCCGGAGUGA